ACACAGGAGUUAAUCGAUCAAUUAACCGGCGUCUGCUCGAUUAAAACGCUGAUAUUAACAAGAAAAAACGUUAACUUCGGCUGUACCGAAGCUAAUAUACCCUUCACAGGUGCAUUUCUUUUAGUAACUAUGUGUUUAAGCAAAUCUAAAGACGUAAGAAAAAGUAAGUAAAAAAAAGAAAACAUUUUACUAAUUCUUUUUAGCCGGGUUGUUUGCUAGAAACAUUAAGGUUAUAUAGUUAACCGAUCUGAACAAUUUCUUCGGAGAUUAUAUUAUUACCUUAAUCAGUAAUCCAUGUCAAAUUUCGUGAAGAUACUACGUCAAAUGCGAAAAUUUUCCAUACAAGCCAUUGAUUCCGAUCGUUCAGUUUGUAUGGCAGCUAUAUGCUAUAGUGAACCGAUCUGAACAAUUUUUUCGGAGAUUAAAUUAUUUCUAUGAACAAUAACUCACACCAAAUUUCGUGAAGAUAUGUAGUAAUAUGCGGAAGUUUUCCAUACAAGCCCUUGAUUCCGAUCGUUCAGUUUGUAUGGCAGCUAUAUGAUAUAAUGGUCCGAUAUCGGCAAUUCCUACAAAUGAGCAGCUUCUUGAAGAGAAAAUAACAUCUGCUAAAUUUUAAAACGAUAUCUUAAAAACUGAAGGACUAGUUCGUAUAUAUACAGACGGGCGGACAGACAGACAGACAUGGCUAAAUCGACUCAGUUCAACAUACUGAUCAUUUAUAUAUAUGCUUUAUAGGGCCUCCGACGCUUCCUUCUGGGUGUUAAAAACUUCGUGACAAACUUAAUAUACCCUGUUCAGGGUAUAAAAAUCAGCUAUCAGCUGAUGAAUCUUAACUUCUUAUCAAAAGCGAGAACAAAAAUGCGGUUUUCGAGUAGCCGGCAGUGUGAAGGGCAAAAACUGGUUUCUCAAUCCAAAUUUUUAAUGAUCAACUAAUUUGGCUGUGUGAAAAUGUUAUUACGCUUUAUGGCUUAUGAAAACAGUUAAAUAUAAAUAGUUGAAUUUGAGAGUAUUUACUUUAGCCGCCUUUAAAUGUGUUCCAUGGAAGCUCUAUGGGUAAAAUAACAAUAUGGAAUAUUUAUUAUGUAUUGAAAUUAACUCAAAUGUAAAAAAAUAGAAAUUUUCGGCUUCAUUUGCUACAGAGUCAACUGAUUUGCAUAACCAAAUACACGUGUUUGCUUAGAUAAAUAGACAAAAAUGUUGGAUAGAGCGCUGGAAUGGAGCUAAAAAGAACAAGGCAACAAACUAGAGAAAGCAUAAACAAGUUGAAGUGAAGUGGAAAGUAAAAACAUAUAAAAAAAAUAAAAAUUGAGAAACAAAAAAAAUUAAAAUAAGAAAUAUGAAAAUAGAAUUACGAUUUUUCAAUAAUCAGUAGAACAUAAUAAGCUUGCAAUGAACAGAACAACAAUGCAUAAUCAAAAUAAAACAGCAAAUAGAAAGGUAAAAACAAGCAAAAAAUAAAACAAGACUUGAAAAUUUCGAAACGUGCCAGCGAAAAUUUCAACAAAAUAUUACAACAACAAGCAAAUCAUCGACCAUACAAUGAAAUGCAAUUUCACUGAAAGCACGCGCACAACAACAAAUUUAGGGCAAACACAACAACAAUAGCCAGGCAGCAAUUCGCAGGCGAACGAAAAGUGAAAGCAAAUCAACAAUAAGGGAGCGAAAAAAUCGCAAACUCAAUGAACGAGAAAUUAUCACUGCCAACAGCCACACCCAUUGAACAGCUGCAGCAACAACAAGCACAACAACGUACCAACACUUGUGCGACCAUUGACCAGACGGAUUAUCGCUACGAAUCAACAUUGUCAGCGGCAGGAGCAGGAGCAGUGGCAGCAACAACACACAAUGCAACAACAAGAACAUACCAACACGACAGCAGCAGCAACAGCAAUAAUGCCCAAACGAGUGGAAUUGAUGUGGGCUGCGUGGAGAAUGGCGCUGGUGGUGCGGGUCCCUCCGUUAUUGCUGGCAGCGAAUUAUAUCGCUACGCAUCGGUAGCAAGUUUAGGCGGCACUUCAACCAUGCUCGCUGUAGAUGCUUAUAUGGCGGGCGGUGGUGCGGGUGCGGUUGCGGGUGCUGGUGUACAAGCCACGCCACUCGCGUCGUCUGCUGCGACAAUUCUAAAAAUUAGCCACACUGGCAGCGUUGGCGGCAGCAAAGGUAGCAACAUGAACAGUCCGCACAAGCAGCCGGCGGGUGCACCGCAGCGCGACAACUUUUGCGGUUGCUUCGGCAGUGGUCGCGACCCUAGUGGUGGUGCUGGUGGUGAGGAUGCUGGCUGCGUUGGUGAUAAGCAGCAAUUGCCCACGCUGACUUUUUGGCCCGCAUUGUUUGCCAAUUUGGGUAUUUGCACGCUGCUGCUCGGCUAUCUAUUCAUUGGCUCAUUUCUAUUCCUCACCAUAGAAUCAUCCGGUGAUGGUGGCAGCGCAGCGGGCGUUGUCAGUGAUCCAAAUGCUUGGUCAUACGCGCAAAAUGCACACAUAUCGACACAACAAAAACAACGGCAAACGCAACAAACACCGCAAGCCAGUUUCAACGGAGCACAGUCAAAGUUAUACCACUCCAGUGAACCGUUAUUGGAUAUGGCAACCGCAACAGGCGGAGCGCACUUUCUAGGAACUGAUACGGCGGCUGCUGUUGCUGCUGCUGAUGGCGGCCAACCGCACGAAAACAGCAUGACAAGCACGAGCAGUAGCAAGUUCCACGUGAACACGCCGAAUGCGAUGUGGCAUGCAACAGCGGCGGCGAUGGUGGCGAAUGGUACGCAAGCCGCAACACCAGUUGCAGCAGACGCGGCACACUUUGAUGUGCUUGCAAGAGCGGAAACGGAAACAUACACAGCCGACAACAGGCAUGCCAACAACAAGUUCCGGCCGCCGCCUAACAGCAUGUCGCUACAACAACAACAGUCGAAUGACAUGGCUGCCGCUAAAGCGACGUAUGCAACGCUGCGGCAAGCCAUGGCAGCGGAGGCGCAUCGAGCCCAUCGAGCUACUAAUGUCAUUGAUGCUGUCAUUGGCAAUGACAUUAACGCUGCUGUCGGCGAUGUCGAUUUUGGCUUACGUAAUGGAGAUGAAGGCAUUGAGGUUGAAAUGGCGGAUAUGGCGGCGGAAAAUGGUGACGCAUGGAAUGGAGAGAAUGUGGCGUUGCAGCGUACGGUGGAGAAUAUUUGGGAUAUAACGGUUUCAUUGAAUAUACUCUACAAGGAAAAUUGGACCAAAUUGGCUGCCUUGGAGAUAAAUAAAUUUCAGGAUCAAUUAGUCAAAAGGCUUGUCAUGGAUUUGACGCUAUCAACAGCGGGCGAUAGUGUGGCACCUGCAACAACAACAACAAUGUUGCAUGAUGCACACUCCAGGCAAACGCAACAAAUACAACAGCAACAGCAGCAGCGACCUUUCAAUUAUCACAGCAUGGAACCGACUACAAGUAAACAUUAUGGCAAUGAUGCAGUUCAACAACAAAAUGGACGACAACAACAACAGCAACAACGUGAACGUUAUUGGCAAUUACAAGCGGCCCGACACCGUCAAUGGCAAUUGCAACAGCAGCAACAACAAUUUGAAUGGAAUUUUGCCACAUCGUUUCUAUAUUCACUGACCGUUGUGACGACAGUGGGCUACGGCACCAUCACACCACGAACUACGCUCGGCCGUAUGGUGACCAUCGUGUAUGCCACACUAGGGAUACCGCUCACACUGGUCUAUCUCUCGAGCAUCGGCAGCAUACUAGCUAAACUGGCCAGCAGCUUUUGUGAGCGACUACUUUGCUGUUGUUUUUGUCGCGCGACCACAAACAAAAGAAACAGCUUCUGCGGCUUUAGUCGCCAGCAAGUUGCCGAUAAGAAAUGCAAUCUUAAACUACAGCAGCUACAAAGACACCAUCAACAACAACAUGCGGCGAGCUCGGCGCAACAAACAGCACAGCAACCCACACAAUCGGCACAUUUACCCUACUGCUAUGUGCGUCCACCGGCCGACGAUACGCUCAGCUACGGCGAGCACUCACCACACUCCGCACACUCACCGACCACACGCAGCACUGCGGCACAUACGCUACGCUGGUCACUGGUGCUGCCAGUCGGCUUCUGUGUGCUGCUACUACUCGCCUACGUCACGUUCGGCUCGUUGGUCAUUGCGGUGUUGGAACAGUGGUCCCUCUUCGAUGGCGUCUACUUUUGUUUCAUGAGUUUGACCACAAUCGGUUUUUGUGAUCUGCUGCCGGGUGUCCAUGCACGUCCGGCCACAUCCACAUCGACGGUGGUGGUGUGGUUUUGUGCGGCGUACAUACUGAGCGGUCUGACGCUCACCUCUAUGUGUGUGAAUAUGUUGCAUGAGGAGUUUCUGCAGCGCAUGCGUGUUGUGGUGAAAUUCAAGAAAAUGUCAACCAGCAGGAAUACGGCGAAGGAGCGUAGCUUCUAUGGCGCGCCGCCUUGACAAUGCGGCGUGUAUUGGAAACUUAUGUUUGCCGUAGGUGGCGCUGCAACGGUUUGCGGGCCGCAGCUGACUUUGAACCGGUGGCAUAGUGAUGCGCUUCUAUGUGUGAUGGCAUUUGUGCUGCGGCGUGUUCGAAAGCUGCCGAGCGGAGUAUAUAUGCAGCAGUUUUGAAUUUGGAAAUGGAUGAAUGUAGGCGUGUAUGUGGUUCGUAAAGUGUGUGAUUUACCGAAAACUGAUUAUUUCUUAAGUGUUACGCAUAUUUAAGCGCAUGUAAAAAAGUUAAUUUCUCCCGACUUAUGUUCGCAAUAAAGAAUAAAGUUUUGCGAUUGAUUCACCAUUCUAUUUGAUGUGACGUACAGCGCCUGGAGCUGACAAUGAGAAGCGCAAAAAUCAACGCUGGAUGGCAGUGCACAUCACGCCGUCUCUCGCACGCCUCCUCACUGCCUCCACGAAGAGUGACACAAUUAAAUGUUGGAAAUUUAAGCAUGAAACGCUGACGAAACGUGACUAUAAGGAAAAUUUAAUUUCAACGUAAAUUGAGUUGAGUUUAAACUUUGUCGGCGGAGUGUCGUGUCGUAUGCUUCUGGCAACAUGCCGUCACUUUCAAGCAAGCACACUUGAUAAGAGAGCGGAUGAGAGAUGGAAAGUGUGCAGAAUGAGAUUACGUUACGUGGAAACGCAACGCUGUUCAAUUUUGCGAAACGUGACAACGUUGCACUGUGCCAAAGGGUCGAAAGUUGACAGUUGCUUGACAGCUGACAAUGAAAGUUAAUACAUUUGACAACUCAGCCAACGUUGAUGCUGAUGCUCUUUACUGUUACUGUUGCCACUGUCACUGCGUGGCGUUUGCGGUUGUAGCGGUGGAACUAUGAGGUGACAUUGUUGCAGUUGCAAACUUUGCCGCUGUCAUCUGUAUAUUUAAUUUAGUAUUAAGUGAGCGCCGAGGAAAAUUAAAAAUAUCAAAAAUAUUUUAAAUUGUGUGAAAAUUAAAAUUUUAAUAUUUAAAAUUAACACUUUAUUGCAAAUAAUUAAUGUAUUCCUACUUUACUAUUUUUCUAUAAAUUACAGUGUGCCAAAAUUUAGUAUAUCUACCUUAAAUAAAUUUAGAAUG